AUGGCCAAUGUUGCACUUGUUCCUCAGAUGUUCAACAACAUUUGGCAUGUUUACCAUCCUGAGCUGAAAAGACAGGAGUUCACAUGGGUUCAUGAAGAUAUUGUUGUCUGUAUUGCAACACAUCUAUAUGAUGAGCGAUGCCUACAGGCUUCUGUAUCACGCCUGAUCAAUGCAAUCAUGGAGCAGAAGGAUAAUCCUGGUCAUUGCUUUGGAAUCACAUUUUCUGUCUUCCAUUGCAUAAUUGUCAAAGUCAUCAAAGACACAUACACAGUGAUAUUUAGCCACAUGAGCACUCUCCAAUUUUUACCAUCAUUCUUUGCACAUUCACCUUCUAUGCCAGGCAUCACUGCUCUCACCCAUCUUGGCUAUCACAUCAACCAUGCACUCUUCAAGCGUGCUGUGGAGGUUUGCCAUUAUGCAUGGUACAUCAACAUUAAAGUGGAGAAAUUGCUCACUCAGAGAGCUGACAGGAGUGACGAUGUAUCACACAGCACCAUUUGCCCAACGCUGCCUCUUGAGCUUUGGCGAGACAUCACCCGGUAUCUCUCCCCUUUUGACCUCAUCAUCCUUGGAUUGGUCUCAAGACUAUGUCAUGAAGCAGCCUUGAUGGUACUCCACUAUCCCCACCUCUGUGGCUAUUGCCUUGUUGCCAUUCCCCAAGAGAAAUCAAAGUACCUGCAGAGGACACACACCUCUCUGCAGGCUGCAUCUUUUUGCACUGUACAAGCCAGCAUUCCUACUAUUGUGGAUGUUUGGGGUGGAGUUUCAGAAUAG